AUGGGGGAAGUUUCCUGGGUGUACUCCGUAGAAAGUAAGGUGUUUGUUAUGAUUAGAGACAGUUGCGCGCAAGUCUUUUCUUGUCUCGCCUUUCGAGUUGUUUCGCAACAGUUCGAAAGGGAUUCGAGAAGAGACGCCCAAAGGACAGCCAAUCUGGACUUUGACGCCCGCGUCCCCAUCCCCUUCAGUGUCUUCCCGUCGUCGUACCGGAGUGACGCUGUUCCUGAGACUACUCUGACUAGAGUAGAGGGAGAAGUCAAUCUCGAUCGUACUUCGCACGUCGAACGGGAAGAUACUCGAACCUCUGCUCCUCUUCCCGGCCCUCGUGUCUACGGAAGAGAAGAAGUCGAUAUCCAUAUCACCAAGGACCGUCUCCGCGCACCUUCUCGCAAGGGUGACGAUUUCCAGGUCAUCUACCACAAGGAUUCUCGCGUUCCUGAGGUAGAACUUUCGCGUGAACGAUACCGUGAACCCACUUCUCGCUACGAACCUUUACCUCCCAAGCCUGUCUACGACCGAGCCCUUGAGUCCCAGCUUGACAUCACUGAGCGAGAGUAUCGUCGCCGUACCGACCCUACUUACGACGUCAACGUUUCGUACGGUCGUCACCAAGCUCCCGUAGACUCUUACCAAGCCUACCAGCCCCAACAGACUUCCGACGUCUCUCUCCAGCGGUCCAAGACCGAGAUCGACGUCUCGUACGACAAGGCCUACGCUCCUAAGCCUCUCGAAACACGCAAAGGAGACUCCUUCAGCCGCAGCGAGCUUACUGUAGAGUCUGUUCCUUCUCGUCCUUCCUCCGUCGCUUCGAUCUCUCAAGUCAAGGUCCUCAAGCCUUACACCGCUAUCGACCAACCCCCUGCUCGCAAGAUGGGUUACUACGACGACGACGGUAACUACCACUCCUUCCGCCGUGGCGUGGAGCGUGCUGUCGACCGCAUCACGCAUCCAUUCCACCACCACCAUCAUCACCACGAUCGUGAGGAAGUAGUCAUCGCUGACGAACGUGGCCCAGUUCGUUACCGUGAUGGCGUCCGUGAGGAUGUUCGCAUCGUCGAGCCCCGUGCCAGCAAGACCACUGCAGAAUCCGUCCCCAUCCCCUGCCACUUCAUCCGUAUCGGCGACAUCCUGAUUCUUCAGGGUCGCCCCUGCCAGGUGAUCCGGAUCUCCGUCUCCCCCCAGACCGGCCAGCACCGCUACUUGGGUGUCGACCUCUUCACCCGUCAGCUGCAGGAGGAGUCCAGCUUCGUCUCCAACCCCUCCCCCUCGGUUGUCGUUCAGACCAUGCUCGGUCCCGUCUACAAGACCUACCGCAUUCUGGACCUCCACGAGGAUGGCACCCUCACCGCCAUGACCGAGACCGGUGAUGUCAAGCAGGCCCUCCCCGUCGUCACCCAGGGUCAGCUUUUCCGCAAGAUUCGCGAGGCUUUCUCUGAGGGCCGCGGUAGCGUCCGUGCUCUGGUCAUCAACGAUGGUGGUCGUGAGCUCGUCGUUGACUACAAGGUCAUCCACGGUUCCCGUCUGUAA